AUGCAACAACACAUACUUCUUAGCAUCCCAAUUCUCCUUCUACUAUCCCAAGCGAAUGCUAGACGAUUGGAAGCCGUGAGCAUUAGGCUCGGUAAUUUUGACAGCUCGACCAAUGAAUGGCAGAAAACACUUUUGAGCCCCGUAGUUUGGUACGACCGAAUUGACGAGGAAGAAUCCCCAGAUCCCAAAGACCGUUCAUUUCUCACCGGACGACCCGGAGAUGCUUAUGAUUGCUCAAAUAAUGUUGUUCCCCCCGGCGCUUUUUUGAGUGCGAUAGGGUUCGAUAAAAGACAUAUAAACCCUGAACUACCGGAUCGUCUAAAUCGCCUUGAAAUUCACCGAGUGCAGGAUUGCGAAGACGAUGAACCACUAGAGAUGUUUCUCGAAUUGGAGGGAGGUUGGGGAGCUGGAGAGACCGGACCUGAAGAACAGCAUCCAAGUCCACAUGAACAAGGCCAAAACUUUUGGGUGCAUUAUAACAACAAUCCAGAGAACACGGAAACUGAAUAUAAUAGAGAUGAGAUGGAAGAAGAAAAUGUGCAUUAUCAAAAUGAUGUUAUCGAAGAAGAACAACCGUUGGCACAGGAUGAUGACGACAACGACUUUCAGUGGAUACCUCGUGAAGAAGCAGGUUUCAAAAAACUAAGAAAACGACAAGCCCCUCCGGGGUCAGAUGACCUUGAAGAGGAAAACAGCGAAGGGUUCGUCGGCGGACUGCCCGCGACAAAUAUUGCAAAUCAGCCACAGCCACAAACCUUCCCGGGUCCGAAUUUUGAUUCCCCUCACCCAAAUGCCAAUCCGAACCGGAGGCCUGUCCUAGAAAACCUUGAACCACUCACUCCAGAUUCACAAAGCCCCCUAGUAGCAGAUUGGGAAAAUAGAUUUGGCAACCCCAACCAACAAAAUCCGCCGGUAUUUAGACGGCUGGAAUCCGACUUUGAAGCUGGGUUUGGAGGCGGUGAGGGCUUCGCGCCGGGAGAUCCGCUAUAUUGGGAUCCAAUGGAAACUCCGAGCGAGGAUGGAAGUGAGGUUAUUCAAUUUCCACAGGCGGCACAACGACGGGAAAACCAAGCUCUUAUUCCAUUCCCACAGAAUGAGGCCCCAAUUGUUAACGCUAGACCCCGGGUAAUCCCAAAUUUGGGAAUCCAAGACCUUCUCGCUAAUGCGAGAGCUGCCCCGCCUCGAGAUAUAGAGGAGUGGUUACGGGAUAACAAGGAUGAUAGCCCUGAAUUAUCUAUACCUGAGGGUAUUCCACCAACCUCCUCUAAUGUCAAACUGUUGCUUGCACAUAUAUGGCCAGAUUAUCAACUUGGGCCAAAUACUAGUUUUAGAUUCGUAUUCGAUCCUUACGUCGUCCAUGACGUUGAAGCUCUCUAA